AUGUGGGGGGUAUUUAUACACUUCCACUUCGAUCUCUUCGCCCUCGCGCUACCCAACAUCCACACCCUCACCCUCCACCUCCACAAAGACCACCUCCUCUGCCUCGCCGACAACGAAGUCACCCUCAACCCCGCCAAGGCAGGCUACAUCGACGCGCUGAUCGAGCCCUUUCCCAACCUCGAGGAAGUCAACCUCGUGUGCGCCGAGCCGUUCGUGGCGCUGAGCUGGAUCGUCUCGGAGGGGAGGGUCUUCUCCAGCGCGGAUCGGAUGUCGGAGGUGGUGGAGAGGUUGAGAGGGAGGGAGUAUUACCAGAAUGGAGGGAGGCGGUUGGUUUAG